CGGAGUCAUUAAUAAGAAGAAAUAAAAUUCAAGAUAAUUAAAUGAUUGUUAUAUAUAUUUUAAAAUAAAUCAAUAAUGGAAAACAAACAGGUUAGAGCAGUGUAUGAUUUUUCUGGAGAACCUGGUACUGCUGAGUUAUCAAUAAACGCUGGUGAAUUAUUGACAGUAACUCGUGACAAUGUUGGAGAUGGUUGGUGUGAAGGUUUCAAUAGCUUGGGACAGUCUGGAUUAUUUCCGGCAGCUUAUGUCCAGGUUGUGGAUACACCAGCAGCAACCUCGUCAGCGACAGUAUCAUCAAUAUCGUCAGUACAGCAAAGUUCCGGUGACUAUUGGGACGAUGAUUGGGAUGAUGACUCAGAAGUUGGGCAAACUCCGGCCUACAAUCCUUCAAACAAUCAACCACAGCAAUAUUCAAAUAUAGAUGACAUAAGUGCUGGACCUAUUUCAAAUAAUUUUAUUUCCCCGCCUACUGGUCACUCAUUGCCGGCUUUACCCGAAAAAAGUAUUUCAAAUGUCACGAAAAAAAAUAAUAAAUUUUCAACGCUAAUUAAGUCAAGUGAGGAAGGAUUUUUAAUGGGUACCAAAGUCGUACCUAUUCCUGAAGAUGAGAAAAUAUUUGUCCAGGAAACUGAAGACGGAAGAUGCUACUGGCUGCAGACUGGCGAAGAAUAUAAGUGCGUUGUCACAUCACCAAAAAAAGGAUCUAAAUUAAAAGGCCUUAAAAGUUUUAUUGUUUAUCAACUUACACCCACGUUCAAUAAUAUUCAAGUCUCAAGAAGAUACAAACAUUUUGACUGGUUGCAUGAACGCUUGCAAGCAAAAUAUUGUUUUAUAGCAACACCACCGCUGCCUGAUAAACAGAUAUCGGGUAGAUAUGACGAGCAAUUUAUAGAGCAUCGUCGAACGCAGCUGCAAGAAUUCGUUGAUUAUGUUUGUCGGCAUCCUAUUCUCUCUAGAAGCCGCGUCUGGCAGCAUUUUAUCAUGUGCACGGAUGAAAAACGAUGGAAAGCUGGCAAGCGCCAAGCGGAAAAAGACGAAUUAAUGGGAGUUAAUUAUUUCAAUGCCAUUCAAUGUAGUGAUAUGGCUGUAGAUGCGAUAAAAGUUGAAAUAAAAAUAGAUUCGCUGAGUAGAUUCAUCAGUGGCUUGGACCCAGUUGUCAAAAACUUCAUGGCCAUGUCUACGGACCAGGGGAAGAAGUAUCAAAAUCUCUAUAAAAGAGAGUUACAAAAAAUAGGACAAUCAUUUAUAUCACUGGGACAUGCCUUGGAGUCGGAUUGCAGUGGCCGUGCGCGUUUGACAAACGCUCUAAGACGAACGGGAGAAGUUUACAAUGAUAUUGGUAGACUGUAUGAAGAACAGCCGCGAUUAGAUUGGGAGCCUCUUGCCGAUAAAUUUCAUAUUUAUCGCGGUGUUAUUAACAGUUUUCCUGAAGUCAUUUCCAUACACAAGAGCGCAGUGCAGAAACGUAAAGACUGCGAACGAUUAGUCACAGAGCAUAAAAUGGAACCACAAGAACUUCGUGAGCUUUCGCGCCGUACGGAUGUCAUCGCUCGCGCUUUAAUGGCCGAGGAAACACAUUUUCAAUCGGAGAUCGAUGUCCAUGUCAACCAAUCAAUGAAAAAUCAUCUUAUUGAACAGAUUGGCUUCUAUCAGAAGAUUGUAUCUAAACUUGAAGAAGCACUGGCUGCAUACAAUGCUUAAAAAUAAAGAACAAUUACAUAACAUCACUUACGGUGCUGCUAUUUAAACUCUCAUACAAGUAAAACUCAUUGUACCACAUUUGUCUACACGUCUUAACAAUUCCAAUAAAUAAUUACUAUUAAACUCAUUCCCAUCCUGUGUAGAUAAAAUCAUCAUACUGUCGAUAAUUAAACAAAAUUAUAAAUACUUUUUUUAUUUGUUUUUCAUUAUUUUCUUUUAUUUUGCACCAACAUAUUAAAAACUGCUGAACAUUAAAAUUAUAUAAAUCAUGUAUGGCC